ACUUUCUGAGCCCUCAGCCGCUCGCUCCUGUUCACGAGCCGCAAACCGGUCCGGGGAUGUGGAGUACCGGAGAAUAGACGGACCCCACCGGCAACCGGAAAAAAAAACAGAUAAAUAGGAGUUGAGGAAGACUCUGGAGAGCGGUCGGUAACGGCGCCUUCAUAACUUAGGCGUCGUUAUGCAAUUUAACAUUUAACGCUUUCGGCGCUCGCGCCCGGUGGAGCUCGCCUGCUUAUGUUGUAGUUUGAGCAAAAAAAAAUGACGACCCCGACCAAAGUUAGGAGGGGAUUUUUGUUUCGACAGCACACCCACUCUGCAGGAUUUCUUGUUUCUUUGCUGGAAUUGUGGACGUGGGCAACUGGAUCCGGUAUGGACAACCUGUCUGACUUUGGUGGCCCGUGUCCAUCAGCCAGCAGGGAAUGGGAUACCAACAGCUGUGUGGAAGAUUUAAUGGACGAAGAUGAGAAGGACAGGGCAAAAAGGGCGUCCCGAAACAAAUCAGAAAAGAAAAGAAGAGACCAAUUCAAUGUGCUCAUCAAAGAGCUUUGCACAAUGCUGCAGGGUCAAGGCCAUCCACGCAAGAUGGAUAAGUCCACCAUACUGCAAAGGACUAUCGACUUCUUACAGAAGCAGAAAGACAUUACUGCACAGAAUGAAGUUUGCGACGUCCGGCAGGACUGGAAGCCCUCAUUCCUCAGUAAUGAGGAGUUCACACAGCUGAUGCUGGAGGCCCUGGACGGUUUCCUGAUCGCAUUAACUACAGAUGGAAACAUCAUAUACGUAUCUGACAGUGUAUCUUCACUUAUUGGCCAUUUACCGUCAGAUAUGGUGGACCAAAAUAUCUUGAAUUUCCUCCCGGAGCGGGAACACGGGGAGGUGUACAAACUGCUAUCAUCCCACAUGCUGAUGACUGACCCCAUUGCUGCUGACUUCCUUGAAAGUGAGGCACAUAUUGAGUUUUGCUGUCAUCUAGCCAGAGCAAACAUAGACCCAAAGGAGCCACCUGUUUAUGAGUAUGUCAAGUUUGUCGGGGACUUCAAAUUUCAUAACAAUGUGCCUACAUCUUCUUGUAACGGGCUCGAACUGACGUUACCCAGAAGUCUGCAGUCAUCGCUGGAGGAGCAGGUCUGCCUCAUCGCCACUGUUCGACUCGUCACGCCACAGUUUUUGAAGGAUUUGUGUAAUGUGGAAGAUCCUUGUGAUGAAUUCACAUCCAGACACAGCCUUGAAUGGAAGUUCCUCUUUUUAGAUCACAGAGCUUCACCCAUCAUAGGUUAUUUACCUUUUGAAGUUCUUGGAACCUCUGGCUAUGAUUACUAUCACGUGGAUGAUUUGGAGCUCAUAGCUCAGUGUCAUAAGCAGUUAAUGCAGUUUGGAAAGGGUAAAUCUUGCUAUUAUCGCUUCCUGACCAAAGGGCAGCAGUGGAUCUGGCUGCAGACCCACUACUACAUCACCUACCACCAGUGGAACUCAAAGCCCGAGUUCAUCGUCUGCACUCACACCGUCGUCAGUUAUGCUGAAGUGCGAGCAGAGCGGAGGAGAGCUUUCGGACUUGAGGAGCUUUCUCCACCAGAGAUCGCCCCCUCUUCUGUCAAGGCUCAGGAGCUGUACUUGGACAUCUGCUCCCAGCUGGACACUCCCAGGGACAGAAACAGCGGCGCACGUUCGGUGUCCUCCCACAGCUCCCGGAAGUCCUCCCACACAGCCCUGUCCGACUCUGCAUCGGUGAACUCGUACACAGAGGCCUGCACGCCUUCAUGGCAGUCGGCCGCCGUCGGACAGGAGAAGAUGUCUAACAGACACCAGCCCGGCGGUUCAAAGAAUUUGGCACAAAGACAAAAUUCCUUUGACCUUGUUUCCCAAAUGAGCCUCCCCCUUUCUCCUACCUGCAGCAAACACUCCACAAUGCAAUCACAACAGUCCCAGCAGACGCAGUCCUCCAUGUACCAGCUGCAGCAGCCUCAGCUCAGCGUGAUGAACCAGCUGAAGGAGCAGCUGGAGGAGAGGACGCGCAUUCUGCAGGCCGACAUUAAGACGCAGCAACAGGAGCUGCACGACAUCAAGGAGAAGCUUCAUCUCGCUAAUCUACAGAUGUUGUUACAGCAGCCAAUCCACAAUAACGAGUUUGGCCAGGCCCAGCCUCCUCAGCAGCAGGGACCCGGGAGACCGGCCCCGCAGAGCCAGUCAGGAGUCAUCAGGCAGCCGUCUGGCCACCCAAAACCAGCCGCCUGUGGGGCCCAUAGCUCCUCCCCUCACUCUGUACACAGAGAAAACAGCUCACCAUCAACGCAGGUCCAGCAGCGGAUUGCUCGGAGUGGGCCGGCCCAGUCGACUAACACCAGGCCUCAGCAGGAGGCCAACCAAAGACACACCGACACCCAGCUCAGCCAGGACGGACAGUUGCGAAUGCUCCUGAACCAGCCGAUGCAAACGUUAGUUCCCACUAGCAGCGUCACCUCUCAGCCUUCCCAGUGCAACAUGGGCAUCUCCCAAACCCUAUACACCCUGGCCCAGCCCCUCAUCGCCCCCCCCUUCUCCGUGCAGCAGGUCAACUGUAACGCCGUCCUGGUGCCCUCGCCCGUCUUCACGUCGCCCAUCAUGAUCCCACACAACAGCUUCAUCACGCACCAGUCCCAGUCGGCCUACCACGGCCCGCCCCAGAACUCCCAGCAUGCCCUGCAGCUGCAGCAGCCGCAGCAGUUCUUUCAGAUGAGUCAGGGACUCGUCCACGGCGGCUCGGCGCCGGCUUUCCUUCACGCCGCCAACGUCCCGCAGCAAAGCACCCUGGGAUACAUCCAGCAGCAGCCGCAGCCUCCGGCGCCGCAGCUGCCCCUGAACGCACCGCCGCCCCCCCCCCAGAGGCCGUUUCAGCAUUCCCAGAACCAGCCCGGCGCCGACUUCAGGAACCUGCUGACCCGGUAACCCCCGGAAACGCCGUCCGGACGCCAAAACGUGACGUGAAGUCGCCUGAAAAAAAGCGAGAAGGCAGGGCCGGCGCCCGUCUCCAUGGUAACGGCAGAGGCCGCUCUGACUCCGGGGGAGAGACCGGGGGCGCCGCGCCUCCGUCCGGAGGCCGCGAGACGUUCAGGACAGUCGGGAUUAUCGGCGCUCCGAAGAUGCGGCUUUCACACGCCGACGUCUGGAAGUUCCCAUUUUACGGAGUUUGGCUUUUUUCAAAGUGUCUGCUCGCACCUUGGUCCCACUUCUCCCCAAAAGUACAAAAGUAUGAUAUUUAUUUUCCCGUGGAUUCACUUUCUACUCUGCUCGGAGAGAUUACUUUGUGGAUAUAAAGCCAGACAUUCCUCCUCCCCACCAACACCCCCUUAUUUUAGCUUCCCCUCUGGGUCUGAAAUACUGAUUUUGAUGAUGUUCAUGCUGAGGUGCGUUCAAGUGCAGUACGAGAGAUGACCAUCAUAUCAAAAAUCAGGACUGGAAAGCAUUUAGAAGCGACGCGAGAGUUUUUUCUCAUUACUAGAAAGCGCAUCUAGAUUUUUAAAGCCUCAAUCCGGGUCUGAAGAAGGGGUGCUGUAGAUAAUGAGCGCGUGUCGUGGUGUGAGGAGGCGGGGGGGAAAUGUGCCUUCAGCCGUGACGCGUUCACGGUGCAGUUUGAUGGUUUUGUCUGAUUAUGGCUUUAAAAAUCCAGCUCAGGUCCAUUUGGAAUAUAAAAGGUCUAUUUUCAUAAGAGCCUAAUUUUUUAUUUUCUGCAUCAGAUUGAAAUAGAAAAAGUCAUCUAGAUUUGUAGCCGAAAUAUAACAAAUACAGAUAUAUACGAGUGUGUAUAUAUAUAUAAUAUAUGAUAUGCAGCCUUUAUGUCCAUUAAAUCCCUCACGUCUGAACUUUAGUAAUAACAUUUAAUUGGUAAAAUUCACUUAACGUGUUCUUAAACCCUGUUGAAACUAUUUAUUUUAUAUCAGAGACAUAAAUAUAUUUAAUUCAAAUGAAAUGAAAGAAACUAGUUCACACACCAAAGUUAGAGAUGGUUGAGCUCCUUUGGUCCCGUCGUGUUUUCAUAGAAAUAUCACAAUCAGAGAAAGUCCAGCAGAGAUGUUAAUAUAUAGGAAGCUGAAACAUGAUCUGGAGUCCUAAACCUAAAUAUAAUUAGAUUCAAACACUCACAUGAAGACACUUUUAGGAGACAGACGUUCACACAAAGCCACAACCGAGUGAGCUCCCCUAAAAAAAACAGUUAUCAGAUGUUUUAUUCACCCU